CUCAUAGAUCAGAUAGGGUUAUUCUUGUAAUUCUCUAAUCAACUGAAAACUCUUAAGAGGGAAAAUAAAAUAAAAAUAGAGGGAUGUAACUGAUUACACAGAAAGAGAAAGACAGGAGGGAGUAUGAAAAUUCUUCCCAAAUAAUCUUGGAACAAACUCAGACGAUCUCUCUACACCAAUAUCAUCAUCAGGGUUACUAAACAAUCUUCAUCAACAACCGCAGUUCUGAUUCAGGUGACACGUACGUACGGUUAAUAUAAGAAGAUCAAGAAGAGAAAUGCAAGAUCUAAGAUCAUCCAUGGAGAUGGGUUCAUCAGGAGGUAUAGGUAAUAAUCGGUUCUUUGGAGGAGGAAUAGGAGGAGAUAGAAGAUUAAGACCAUUUCCACCUCAAUCAUUAAAAUGUCCACGUUGUGAUUCAUCAAACACAAAAUUCUGUUAUUACAAUAAUUAUAAUCUUUCACAACCUCGUCAUUUCUGUAAAAGUUGUAGACGUUAUUGGACUAAAGGCGGUGUUCUUCGUAAUGUUACAGUUGGUGGUGGUAUUAGGAAAACUAAACAACAACAAAAAUCAUCUUCUUCUUCUUCUUCUAAUCCUAAUAAACAUAGAAAUAAUAAAUCUUCAUCUUCUUCUUCUCCUGAGCCUAAUCAUCAUCAUCAAUAUCAAAAAGAGAAAAAGAGAUCGAAUGAUAAUAAUGAUAAUAAUUCGAAUUCUAGUAGUGAUAGUUCAAGUCUUACUGCUACAACUACUACUGCUGCUACAACUCAUGAAGCUGCUUCUAAUUCAAGUUCUGCUCCAUAUCAUCAACAACUGUUGAGUUUCAAUGACUCUACUGGUUUUGCUUCUCAAACUACGAAUACUAACCCUAAUUCUACUUUUGAGCCAUCAAUGAUUCAUCAACAUUUGAGUAGCAGUCUUGAUGAUCAAGGGAUUCCUGAUAAUCAAGGGAUUUUUCAAGAACCUAGUAGUUUUACUAGUUUGAUUACUAGCACUGCAGGUUCAAAUCAUGGAUAUUCAGGGUUUAAUUUAUCGGAUAUAUCGCCGUUCCGUUUACACCAUCAACAAGAACAGCAACGACAUGUCGAUCAGUUAGAGCAAGUAGAGAAGAUGACUUCGGUAAAUAUGGUGGAUGAGUUGAAAAUGCAGUUUGAUCAGAAAAAUGAUCAACUGAAAUUGCAAGAACUGACGAAGAAUUUUUACGAUCAAACUGUUCCAGUAGAAAUGCCAGGGUUACCUCCAAACAGGACUAUAAUUAACGGGGAAUUAACAGCGUCAGAUUGGCAGAUUUCAAAUACAGGUAAUCAUCAUCACCAUCAAGGGUUAUUUGAUUUACCUAGCACAGUUGUUGAUCAAGUUUUUUGGAGUCAAUCGAGUCCAUGGACUGAACAUGACCAUCCUAUAUACCUUCCAUAGACAAAAUCUCACAAUUGCUAUAUAUAUAUAUAUAUAGAUCUUACUACAAAUAUGUUGUUUCAUAGACAGUUUGAUCAGAAAACCAAGAAAAAUACCCUACAGAAUGGGUAUUUGAUCUAUGUAAAUUUUACUAUAUUUUGAUUUCAAUUUUUCUUUUUCUUUUGGAGCUUGUUUUGCUUGAAAUUGGUUGUAUCGUUUGUUUGCAAGAAUGACUUUGAUAAUUGUAAAUUCUCUUCUUUUUUUUGUUUUGCUCUUCAAGGGGGAAAAUCAUCUACCUUUUAAUGGAUAAAUUAAGUAUAGAAGAAAUGUGUUCAUUGUAAUAA